AUUGGCCUACUUAUGAUUCAUCGCUUGUCAUUACACACUCGAUGAUAUAAUCUUCAUGAAUUAUUGUAUGCUCAAUUAAUUCCACAUUAUAAGAUAAUAUCUUUUCUUUAUUUUUUUUUUUACACAAUUUCUUUACCAAAUAGAAAACCAUCACAAAACUCAUGCACUCACGCUUAAUCAUCCUUUAUCUGACCACAACCCCACCCCUCACUAUCUCCCCUUGCUUAUUUAUCAAAGUCUAUUCCACUAACUUUGCCAUACCCUAUCAUCCACACCUUCAAUAGAUAACAACCAUGUCUACAACACCACGGCCAAUACCGAAACUAGAAGAUAAUCAUCAAUCUUUACCUCCUACAGUGGCGUCAUGGACAACAUACUUGGUCCAAGAUGUUACUUCUGAGCUAAGGAAGCAACAGGGGAUGGCGGUCCCAUUGGUGAUGAUGAACUUAACGUGGUUUAUCAAGCAGGCAAUCACGGUAGCCUUCUUGGGGCGACUUGGUGAGCUACAAUUGGCUGGAGGUGCUCUAGGGUUCACGUUUGCAAAUGUCACCGGAUACUCUAUACUGACGGGCUUGUGUGGAGCCAUGGAACCAAUAUGUGGUCAAGCAUAUGGUGCAAAGAACUACAGACUACUUCAUAGGACCCUCUUCAUGGCAACUCUUUUGCUGCUCGUCGCCACCCUUCCAAUCUCUAUCCUUUGGCUGAAUAUUAGCAAAGUUCUUCCUAUUUUUGGGCAACAAGAGGAUAUGGUAGCUAUGGCUCAACGCUAUCUUCUUUAUCUGCUCCCUGAUUUAAUGGUGAACGCCUUUCUUUGCCCUCUGAAAGCAUACUUGAGUGCUCAGGGUAUCACCGUUCCUAUUAUGUUAAGCUCUACUCUUGCAGUAGUUUUUCAUGUUCCCAUCAACAUACUUUUGAUAAAAGCAAAGGGUAUUGAAGGGGUAGCCAUAGCAGUCUGGAUUAGUGAUCUUCUAGUAAUGUUACUGCUCGCAUUAUACGUGCUACACAUGGAACUGAGGGGGAGAGAAAAGUGGCAGAAAGGGGGGUGGUGGGAUCAGGGUAUCAAGGAAUGGUUUGCCUUGCUCAGCUUAUGCGGGACAUGCUGCCUGACAACCUGCUUAGAGUGGUGGUGCUACGAGAUCCUAGUCCUUCUCACAGGGAGACUUCCUAAUGCUAAGGAAGCGGUUGGGGUGCUUGUAAUUGUGAUCAACUUCGAUUAUUUGCUCUUCUCGGUAAUGCUCUCCCUUUCUGUAAGUGCAUCAACCCGGGUGUCCAAUGAGCUCGGGGCAAACCAACCAAAAAAUGCUUACAAAUCAGCCUAUGUGUCCCUCAUAACAGCAGCGUUCUCUGGAUGUUUGGGGGCCAUGGUUAUGGUGGCAGCCCGGGGUUGGUGGGGCUCAGUGUUCAGCCAUAGCAAGGGGGUAAUCAGAGGGGUCAAAAAAAUGAUGGUCUUGAUGGCUAUGAUUGAAGUGGCAAACUUUCCAUUGACAGUUUCCGGAGGGAUUGUCCGAGGAACAGCAAGGCCAUGGCUUGGUACAUUUGCAAGCCUUGGUGGGUUCUACUUGCUGGCUUUACCUUUGGGGAGUGCAUUGGGUUUCAAAGCAAAGCUCGGGCUUGGGGGUCUUUUCUUGGGGUUCUUGGUAGGUGCAUCAACCUGCUUGCUUUUGUUACUGGUGUUUAUAGCAAGAAUUGAUUGGGUCAAAGAGGCAGGCAAGGCUCAAGUACGCGCCUCAACAGGCGAAGAGUUUUUAUCAAAUGAGGGCUCAGUUAAAACCUUGGAAAAAAGAGAGAAUUUUGAAGUUAUUACGUGAUCACUAUUGGUCAGCAUUCUAAGACAGAGAAUUCAGGCACACCUACAAGUAAGAAAAUUAUCUGACUGAAGGAAAACAAUGGAUUCAGCUAUGAUUUAAUCUUCUAUGUCCAUGAAUCACUGCGAUACGUAGGAUACAAAUGUAAAUGUAAGAGACAAUUGUAUGAAAUUUCUAUAUACUAAACCCGAAGAUACAAACAAUUGUAAUUCGGAUUUUAUAAUUCAUAAAUUCUAGAAUAAGUGAAUCAUGAUUUUCCCA